AUGUCAGGCCAGCAACAAGAUUGGCACUUCAUGAGCGGCGAGGCAAAGAUCAACAAGCACACCUGGGCCAGUUCCUCCAUCUCUGCGCUCGUCAGCAGGUGCUCCUAUGGCUUGCACUUCACCGGGCCCGCGGUUGCCAUCGACACGGGCGAGUCCUCGGGCUUGAUCGCGUCAGAUGCUGCUGUGAGAGCCUUGCGGGAGGGCGCCUGCCAGACUGCCUUUGCGAGUUCUGCGAGCUGGAUAUCGAACCCGUAUGAGCUCAUCACUCUCUGCGCUGCUGGCUUCAUCUCCAAGUCUGGCCAAACUCGGGUCUUCGAUGAAACGUCAGACGGCUACACCAAAGGUGAAGGCGUGGUGACACUUCUCCUCCGAAGACACAAGGAUGAGUUGAAGGACCAGGAUCUUCGGGCCGUGCCCGAUGCCAGAGGCCUCAUUCUAGGUUCCGGCGUCAACAACAAGGGCCAAAGCUCUAGCCUGGGGUCCCCAAGCGGACCGGCCAUCCAAGACGUGAUAGGCAGGGCAUCGCGGGACGCGAACUCCCCCAUCUUCCUGAUGGAUACCAUCGAGGCCAGCGCAUCUGGCGACAAGUUGUCCGACCAGAUGGAAUUGAUGGCAGUGGCCUCGCUGCGUUGCAAGUAG